AUGGACGCCAUACCACCGCUACUCUUCCUCGCCCUCCUCCUUCUCCCGGUCGCGCACUGCUUGCCGUUGCCGCGACAAUCCUACCACCUCGAGCUCGCCCGGGUUGACGCCCUGGACACCGAGAACCUCAACCUCACCGACCACGAGCUCCUCCGGCGCGCCAUCCAGCGCAGCCGGGACCGUCUGGCCAGCAUCAUGCCCCGCGUGUCCCCGUCCCGCAACCGCAAGGUCGUGGUGGCCGAGGCCCCGGUGCUGUCGGCCGGCGGCGAGUACCUGGUGACGCUGGGCAUGGGCACGCCGCAGCACAGCUUCACGGCGGCCAUCGACACAGCCAGCGACCUCAUCUGGACGCAGUGCCAGCCCUGCGUCAAGUGCUACAAGCAGCGGGACCCCGUGUUCAACCCCGUGGCCUCCACCACCUACGCCGUCGUGCCGUGCAACAGCGACACGUGCGACGAGCUGGACACCCACCGCUGCGGCAACAGCGGCAAUAGCGGCGACGACGAUGACGACGUGUGCCAGUACACCUACACGUACGGCGGGAACGCGACGACGAGGGGCACCCUGGCCGUCGACAGGCUGGCCAUGGGCGACGACGUGUUCCGCGGCGUCGUGUUCGGCUGCAGCAGCUCCAGCGCCGGCGGCCCGCCGGCGCAGGUGUCAGGCGUCGUGGGCCUCGGCCGCGGACCCCUCUCGCUGGUGUCCCAGCUCUCGGUGCGGAGGUUCAUGUACUGCCUGCCCCCGCCCGUGUCCAGGAGCGCGGGGAGGCUGGUCCUCGGCGCCGACGCCACCGCCGUGCGCAACGCGUCGGACAAGGUCGUGGUGCCGAUGACGACCAACCCGCGGUACCCGUCCUACUACUACCUCAACCUCGACGGGCUGUCCAUCGGCGACAGGGCCAUGACCAUGGUCCGAAGCAGCAGCAGCAGCAGCAGCAGCAGCAACAACAACGCGACGACGCCCGGUUCGUCCAACUCAAGCGUGGCGGCGUCUCCUCCCGUGUCCGACAGCGGGGACGGUGGCGGCGGCACGGGCCCGGACGCGUACGGGAUGAUCAUCGACAUCGCGUCGACGAUCACGUUCCUGGAGGAGUCGCUGUACAACGAGCUGGUGGACGACCUGGAGGAGGAGAUCAGGCUGCCGCGCGGGUCCGGGUCGAACCUGGGGCUGGACCUCUGCUUCAUCCUGCCGGAGGGGGUGCCGAUGAGCCGCGUGUACGCGCCGCCGGUGUCCAUGGCCUUCGAAGGGGACUGGGUGAGGUUUGAGAAAGAGCAGGUGUUCGUGGAGGACAGGGAGAGCGGGAUGAUGUGCCUCAUGAUGGGCAAGACGGACGGGGUGUCCAUCCUCGGCAACUACCAGCAGCAGAACAUGCAGGUCAUGUACAACCUGCGCCGGCAGAGGAUCACCUUCGUCAAGACCGUCUGCGACUCCGUGCCGUAG